AUGAAAGGAUGGAACUAUCAACACAAAGAACUUGGUUCAUUUUAUCAUCACAAAGAUGAAAUAACCAUAUAUCAAGGAUGUCUGAUGUGGGGGCUGAGAGUCAUUAUUCCAAACAAACUUCACAACUAUGUGUUAGAAGAACUGCACAGUGGUCAUCAAGGUAUUGUAAAAAUGAAAGCACUCGCUCGAAGCUACGUUUGGUGGCCAGGUAUCGACAAGGACAUUGAACAAAUCACAAAAAAAUGCCCUGGCUGCCAGCAGAAUCAACCAAUGCCUAAAGUUGCACCACUACAUCCUUGGGAAUGGCCUACAUCACCAUGGCAACGUAUCCAUGUUGACUAUGCAGGUCCGUUUCAAGGUCAAAUGUUCUUGGUAGUUAUCGACGCUCAUUCAAAAUGGUCUGAAGUUGUACCUACUUCAACAACUACCGCCACUAAAACUAUUGAGAUUCUUCGCACAAUUUUUGCACGAUUUGGCAUACCUGAAACACUAGUAAGUGACAAUGGUUCACAGUUUGUCUCAGAUGAAUUCACAGAUUUCAUGAAACGCAAUGGAAUCAAACACAUCAUUUCUGCUCCAUACCACCCAUCAACAAAUGGAUUCGCAGAAAGAUCAGUGAAUUCUUUCAAACAAGCACUGAAGUCCAUAAAGGAAGAAAAAGAAACAGUACAGAAAAAACUUCUGCAAUAUCUAAUGUUGUACCGCAACACACCUCAUUAUGACUACAGGAAAAACUCCUGCAUCACUGAUGUUAGGAAGAAACUUGCGUACACGGUUAGAUCUACUAAAACCUGA